AUGGUGUCGUUCAGUUUCGCGAGGGUGUUGGUCUCUCCUAGCUGCCUCGUCGCCACUUCUGGAGGCCCCGUCGCCGCCCUUCGUGGCCGCCUCGCCGCCCUUCGCGGCCGCCUCGCCGCCCUUAGCGGCCCCGUCGCCUCCCCGAACGGCCCCAUCGCUGCCUCUACCGGCCCCGUCGCCGCCUCUAUCGGCCCCUUCACCGCUGAGCCGCCUAGCAACCCACCAGCCGAGCCGCCGAGCCGCCCUGCAACCAAGCCACCGAGCCGCCCAGCAGCCAAGCCGCCCAAUAGCCGAGCCGCCGAGCCGCCCAGCAGCCGAGCCGACGAGCCGCCCAGCAGAAGAGCCGCCGAGCCGCCCAGCAGCCGAGCCGCCGAGCCGCCAUGCCGUCGAGCCGCUAUUGUUCCUACCAACGCGCUCUGGCCCUACUUACUCGGACAGGGUCGUGCUGUUGACUUUGAGGACUUGGUCGAUGACCUCCAGCUUCGGUUGGCGCUGCGUCUGCCCCUAGCGGGAGACGCCGCACCGGCAAGGGCAAGGGGGGCAAGGGCGCUGGAGGGGUUGGCGGGGGCGGUGGAGGUGGUGGUGGAGGCGGUGGAGGGGGUGGGGGUGGUGGUGAGAGUGGUGGCGGGGGUGGAGGUGUCGGUGGCAGCAGUGGAGGCGGAGGAGGCGGUGGCGGUGGCGGAGGGAGCGGAGGAGGCGGAGGUGGCGGAGGCGGCGGAGGCAUCGGUGGAGCUGGUCGCGGCUCUGCGUGGUGGUCCGCGCCAGCAGCAGCAGCGCAGUCGUGAGACCCCGUCCCCCAAGCAGCUUCGUGAGUGGUACACUGGGCGUCAGCGAGGUGGGGGUACUGGAUGCUGCACCUACCUCCUCCGUACCGGCGACCGCGCUGAUAUGCAGGCGGGGGUUGCUAUCUUUGAUCUUGAUUAUGAUGCUAUUCUUGUUGCCAUGUAUGUUGUGUCUACUAGUGAUGAGGGUGACCGUUACCUGUGUGUUCUGCCUGACCCGGGCAUUGAGGCUGCUGCUCUAGGUGCUAGUGCCUAUGCUGCCCCAGAUGCUGGUGAGUCUGCUCUCUCAGGUACCACGUCGGAUCAGGCCUUACACACCUUCACCCUUGACUCGGGUGCUUCGCGCUCCUUCUUUCGAGACCGCACCACGCUUAUACCGCUAAGUCGGCCGGUUACGGUCUCCCUUGCGGACCCCUCUGGGGGCCCUGUCCUUGCUAGCUUCUCCACUGUCUUACCGUGCCCAGCGGCCCCCUUUGUUACCCUGUCAGGUCUCUACCUCCCCUUGUUCUCUACGAACAUGGUGAGUGGAGCUGAUCUACAGGAUAGGGGGGUUGACCAGUUCACUCGUGCGAGUCAGCGGGUGACCCACUAUACGUGUGCUCGGACGGACGGACACUUCGCCACGUUUACCCGUCAGCUUGUACACACUGACUAA